UUGUGCUGUUGUCUUCCCCUGGAUCUCCCCAUCUAUCGACUUGCGAGCUCGCGGUGGUGUUGAAAUGAUCUUAGCACCAGACAUUUUCCCCGUUUUCUGUUUACUAACUAGCUCAGGCGGAUUUUUAAAACGCUCUAUAAUACCAUCUUGUCUCGUCUGUUUCAUCGCUAGCAAUGACUGACUGUCCUCAGACGUCGCCGCCUCCCCAGUCUCCUUUCUACCCGUCUCAUCCCCUAGAGGGUGAAAAACAACCAUGAUAGCUGGAGCGUGAGGGGUUAGAGUGCGUAAAUAUGAUCAUUUCUCCUCGAAAGAUUAAAUUUUUCCUGAGCACAGGAGAAUGGGAUCCUGGUGCCGUUGCCUAGAUCUGCUUCUACGCACCACCGAACGUGCGUCACACAGACAACAGCGAACGCUGCGCAUGAGGAAAUUGUGAACGUGAGGGUAAGGAGGACCUCAUUGUUGCAUUGGAUAAUCAUUCGAAAUUGCAAAAUAGUUGAAGAAUGCGGAGGAAAACGGAAUCCUCGUUUGGUUGCUUUCCAGCACUUUACAACUCAAACAGCCAGUGCGCGAGGCUAUUGGAGGAGGCCAUCACGUGACUACAUUGUUUACCCUUGUUGGAAAACAAUUAAAGACGGCAAAGAGCAGUUUUGCGUGGAGACAACAUGCUGAAGAAAAUUCAUCAAAACAUUAUGAAGGCCAUAUGUGGAACUUUCAAAAACUCUCUCAACAUCCCUAUUCAUCCUCUGCUGGUGUCAGCCACUCCGCGAAUGAAACGACAAAAUCCUUGGACCGGGCGAAUGCAACGGAAAGAGACGAGGGGUGCAAGCUGUCAACUUCCUGCUUUUCAACCAAGAAGUACCCUUGGAUGAGAGAGAUACAUACACCUAUAAGCUUCAGCUCCAUUAACGUCGUGGAAUCAGGUGAUUCCAGGUACAGCAGUGGUGAUGUACAGGAUAGCGGCUGUUCUAAUAGUAAACGGGCACGUGCAGCGUUCACCUCCUCCCAGCUGCUCGAGCUGGAGAAGGAGUUUCACUUCAGCGCUUACCUGUGCCGCAACCGGAGACUUGAAAUGGCUGCGCUGCUGAAGCUCACUGACCGCCAGAUUAAAAUCUGGUUCCAAAACCGUCGUAUGAAGUAUAAGAAAGAUCACAAAGAAAAGUCAAUGGCUAAGUCCUCUUACUCCUACCUGGAAACAGGUAACCAGCCCUUUGUGAUUAGUGGCAGCACAGUGGAUCCUCCAGUGCCAUUAAAAUUCCAAUACCACUAUGAGAGACCAUCAAUGUCUGGUAUGAACUGUGCCCAGAGCCACUGGUGAAACUACAGGAAGUCCAACAACCAGGUUCUCCAGCACUAAAGCACGAUUCACAUCAAUGGUGGAAAUGACUGAAUCCUCUUGGAUAUGUGAAAUGCAAAUUCUCCACAAAAUAUGUACUUGUUCUGUCACUGACCAGUUAUUUCCCGCAUUAUAACUCUCUCUGACAUGAUUUAUAUUUAAGGACAUUGAAGAUUUAUUGCCCUUACAUGACGAUUUAUAUGAAAAUUUAAGUUCAAUAGCCAAGUUCACUCUGAACCAGAUUACAUGUUAUCAGCUAGUACAUGGUAAAUCAGAGUUAGUCUCCACUGUGCAUAAACUGCUGUAGUAAUAUCUUUGCAAAGCGCCAAGAUUUAUUGCGCACAGAUCCAGGCUCACUUGUACAAGUUUAUCUCUUGGGCACAGAAAAUACAAUUUAAAAAGGGCAUUCAAGACUUUGAAUGGUCAUUAACAUCCGCUCAACUUUUGUAAGUGCACAACAUAUUUUUAUUGCUCCCAAAAUGAUAUGCUAUUUUUCCCACGGCAUGUGCUGACACUCCUAACUUGGAAUGUUGUUGAUUAUAAUGGCCAGAAAUGUUCAAACAUUCAACCCAUGUUGAAUAAUGAUGUGUUCUCCUAUUGACUGAGUUUGACUUUACGCAAAGUUUUGUUUUCCUGUUUAUACUGAAAGUACUGUUCAUUUGAAUCUGAAUUCAUGGUGUUUUGACUGACAAAUGAAUAAAGCAACAAAACGGGAAACAAAACACUGUCACAAUGCUACGUCAUUGUCAGAAUUCUUGCUUUGAUAAUGUUUUGAUUUGAUUUUUGAAAGUGUGAACAUGCCAGAGUUGCAUUGUAAAAUAUGUUCAUGAUUCUAGUUCUUACCACUUUUAGUGUACUUCAGUCAUAUCUGAUUAAAAGCAUGCUUUUUGA